GAGAGAAAAAAGGAAAGUAGAAAACCCUUCACUCUCUAUCUCUCUCUCUCUAAGACACACACACACCCGCUCUCAACUCGGUCUGUAGAGAGAGAAAUCGGAAGAUCCGAAACCCGAAACAGCGAAGAAGAAUGUCGGGAGUGACGAACCAGGAAGAAGAUAAGAAGCCCACUGAUCAAUCGGCCCACAUCAAUCUCAAAGUCAAGGGCCAGGAUGGAAAUGAAGUAUUUUUCAGGAUUAAGAGGAGCACUCAACUGAAGAAACUUAUGAAUGCUUAUUGUGAUCGGCAGUCAGUGGAUAUCAGCUCAAUUGCAUUCUUGUUUGAUGGCCGUCGUCUCCGAGCAGAGCAGACUCCAGAUGAGCUGGAAAUGGAGGAUGGAGAUGAGAUUGACGCCAUGCUGCACCAAACGGGAGGUGCCACUGCAUAAAUGGGUUUUGCAGGUUGUUUCUCUGGCAGGAGAGAUCUAUAGAUAGAUUGGUGAAUAUCUAAAAGACAAUGUUUGGAACUGUUUCGAUGUUAUCUACUAAAAGAUUAGCCUUUUCUGAAUGAUUCUGGGAUAUAUGCCUCGAUAAUUUCGAAAGAGUUUGGUAUUCUGUUA